CACAGUUUCCUGUUCUGUAUCGCUGGAGGAAACACACAGAUUGCAAGAAAUUUUGUCAUUCAGCAGCUGAAGAUAAGGUCAAAAUGAAGUUUAUUACUGGAGCCUUCAUUGUUUUACUCAGCUCCCUGAAUGCUGAAGCACUGAGAUGCUACCACUGCUCUAAUGCAAGAGUGAUGAUGGACUGCAAUAGCAGCCAGCAGCAAUGCCCUGUGAAUAAAACAAUGUGCCUCACCUCUGUGAAAACAAUAGGGUUUAGCCAGCAAGGACUUGGUUACGUCACAGUAAGCAAGAAAUGUUCCUUUCGGAUUGAGUGUGAUGCGGAUGCAAGCAAUUUAGUAAUUGGAGGUAUAAAAGUGAUCUGCUGUUCCACAGACCUGUGUAACACCAGUGGACUAAACUGGAACGCCCAGCGGAAACCCACGCAGUCAGAUAAAGAGGAAGUAACUGAAUCCGGGUUGCUGGUGCUGUAA